AUGCUUAGAGCCAGAUUGCAAUUUCGCACCUUCUCCUCUGCUUCCAGAGUGGCCAAGUGGGCCGAGAUCCCUUUGGCGCCUCCAGACAAAAUUUUGGGAAUCAGUGAAGCUUAUGUCAAAGAUACCAACUCCAACAAGAUCAACUUGGGUGUUGGAGCUUACAGAGACAACGCUGGGAAGCCAAUCAUUUUCCCAUCGGUGAAACAAGCUGAGAAGUCAUUGUUGGAGACGGAAACCGAAAAAGAGUAUACCGGUAUCAUCGGUAACAAAAAUUUCCAAAAUAUUGUCAAGAACUUUAUCUUUAACAAUUCUGACAAGGACGCAAAUGGUGCUCAAUUGAUCAAGGAUGGACGUAUUGUGUCAUCUCAAACCAUCUCUGGAACUGGUUCGUUGAGGGUUAUUGCUGAAUUCUUGAACAGAUUCUACUCGGCCAAGAAGAUCUAUGUCCCAAAACCUACUUGGGCCAACCACAUUGCCGUCUUUUCUGAUGCUGGUCUUACCGCUGAGUACUAUGCGUACUACAACACCUCCAAGAAUGACUUGGACUACGAACAAUUGAAGCAGAGUUUAAACAAUGCCGACAACGAAUCGGUGGUUUUGCUUCAUGCUUGUUGCCACAACCCUACCGGUAUGGACUUGACCUCCGAGCAAUGGGACGAGGUGUUGCAGAUCAUCCAGCAGAGAAAAUUGUUCCCAUUGAUCGACAUGGCUUACCAAGGAUUUGCCUCGGGUAGUCCAUAUGAGGACAUUGGAUUGGUGCGUAAAAUGACCAAAUUGACUGCCGAAGGUAAGCUCUCGUCUUUUGCCUUGUGUCAAUCGUUUGCCAAGAACAUGGGAUUGUACGGUGAAAGAACCGGUUCCAUCUCCAUAGUCACUGAGUCCAAAGACCAAGCUACUGCUAUUGAGUCACAAUUGAAAAAAUUGAUCAGACCAAUGUACUCCUCUCCUCCAAUCCACGGGUCCAAGAUUGUCGAGACCAUCUUUUCCAACCAGGACUUGUUCCAAUCGUGGUUGACCGACUUGGACAAAGUUGUGGGAAGAUUGAAUGGUGUUAGAAGCAAGUUGUAUGAAAAAUUGGACAAGUCCAACUACAACUGGGACCACUUGAUGAAGCAAAGAGGUAUGUUUGUGUACACCGGGUUGUCGGCCGAGCAGGUGAUUGAGUUGAGAGAAAAGUAUUCCGUUUAUGCUACUGAAGACGGACGGUUCUCGAUUUCCGGUAUCAACGACAACAACGUCGACUACUUGGCCGAUGCUAUUAAUAAGGUUGUGAACAAGUAA